AUGGAAACCAAAGCAAAAGUAGCUAAAGUUGAGGUAAUGUACCUGUUUUCCGUGUUAUCAUCCGUAUCUGCAAAAUAGCUAAUGCCUAUUGUUGCCUUAGCAGUCAUCUAACGGAAUGGAAGUCGAUUCUUCAACGAUCAACCAUGUAGAAGGAAACAGCGAGGAGCAAAGUCUGAAACACUCGUCUUCCAAAAAGCCUGAUUCUCGACCGACUGCUUCAGAAAUGACCAGUGCCGAUUAUUACUUCGAUUCUUACGCUCAUUUCGGUACGUAGCACCUGUUUAGAUCUUAUUUUUUAGUCGUUUUAACGAUCAAGUACUCACUGCGAUUGUUCUGUUUGUAUCUUGACUUCAAAUUAUCCACGGAAAUUCUGCAUCCAUCGUCUUUCAUUAGGCAUUCACGAGGUGAGUAGAAUGCAAAAAUGUUGUGUCAAACCAUUAACAAAUAUCAGUGAAUGUUGAUUGUGUGUUUUUAUCGUCUCAACCGCCGUGAUACUCAAAGUCGUUUUGCCCAUGUUUGUCGUUGUGGAUACAAAUGCUACCGGUCUGUAGCAGCUGCGAAUUUGUGAAUGCUGAAAAUUGAUCGAAGCUGUUUCGUCUAAUUGCUUGCUAACUUGAACAGAUAUAUGCCUAGAAGAUAGGUUUUUUGUCAGCCUUACAGUGGCUAUCCCGGGUGGAGGGGGGGAGGGGAGUCGAUCACGGAUAACCCCUGGGCAUUCCACAAUAAUAUUACGUUUGCAAAUCCCCCCCACAAAGACCUGUAGAAUGUAAAAUGAUUUUAAAACGUGUGAACUGGUUUGGCUUUGUCAGCCAAUGUCUUAUAAAUGUACGUGGUUUUAUGUUUGACAGGCAAUUUUUUUUAUCAAUAUUUUCUGAUAAAAUUGAUAUCCAGUAAAUUCUUGGUUUGCAACCACGUGACAAGGCGGCCAUGUUGGGGGUCAAAACAAAAGAAUAUUUCCUCGAAAAAUUUACAUGAAAAUAGAGUUUAGUUCCCAGAGGAGAGAAAUGCUUUUGUUCUUGACCACCAACAUGGCCACCGUGACGUCACGUGCAAACCAGCAAUAGUAACACAAAAUCAAAGGCAGUGUAAUUCUUUUUGUAACGACAAAGUGGCAGGUGUUCCGGUAGUAUGGUAAGCAACUUUGUACCUUCUUUGACCCUGUCUCAAACUUCUCCUUGGCAAGGAAUUCCUGGCAUCUUGUAGCCUGCUUAGCUAGAGUUUCCAUGUGGUUUCAGAGCAAAGAAUGAGGAACGAGAGUAAAAGAUCAUGCAAAAAACGGUGCGAGUAAAAGUAGCGGGGAGGGGGUAGGGAGGAAAGGUAAGGAAACGCUUGCAGACAAACCUCAGGAUUUUGAAAACUGCCCACUUGACCUGUCAUGCCUGAGUGCGUCCACUGACAUUUGAUGCUGUCAUCAGCUGUCAUAAAUUGACCAAUGAAAUGUUUGGCCCUCCGUGGGAGAAGAAGUGAACUUUUGAGGAUGCAUGUGAACCCAAAAUAAAGUUUCUUUAUAUUUGGGAAGCAACGCGUGGAUGGCGGGAAUGGAGAAGUCUCAAUCAAUCCAAACGAUCAAUGCAGGCUUUGUAAUUGCAGCUUCAAGGGUAAAUUUAUCUUUUUAAUCCGUCUCAAAGGAAGGUCCGCCAGGGUUAUGUUUUGAAGUUUUAGCUCAAAACCUCCAGGAAGAUUUUAGGUGGUAAAAUGUGACAAACAGGUCAAAGCUCAGCUUGACAAAAUGGCUUAUCAUUCUUGCCACGGUACAGAACGACUAGAGUUGCUCUUGUAAAAGCAACUAAGAACAAAACCAACCCAGUAACUGAUGAAAUUUGAGUGGAGAACCAAACCCAUGGUCUUGCAAGUUUAAUUAGACAAAAUAUGCCUAGAGUUAAUUAUACACCCUCUGAAAUGAGUAUCUCCAGCAAUGUGACAGUAGGUUAAAUUGCAAAAAGUAGUUGGAACAUCCAUUCAAAAUCAUUGCAUGCAUCAUUUUCAAGUGCAAAGUUACGUACAUGAAUGUAAUGAGCUGUGACGUACCCCAACUUAAAUGUACGUCAAGAGUACCGGUAUUUUUUUUUCACAUUUAACAGGAAAUGAUCAAAGAUGAAGUGCGCACAACAACAUACCGGAAUGCAAUGUACUAUAACAGACACCUGUUUCGUGAUAAGGUUGUUCUUGAUGUGGGAUGUGGAACAGGGAUUUUGUCAAUGUUUGCUGCUAAGGCUGGAGCAAAGCAUGUAUAUGCUGUGAGUACUAUUGUACUUUGAAGACUAUUUUUUUCUCAGUUGCAAUGAUGAAUAAUCAAUCCUUGAAAUACAUGUCAAGCUAAUUGCAGGCCAUUUGAUUGAGACAUUAGAGAUAUCUCUAUUUUUUCCCCAGUCUACAAAAAAUAUUAACUGCAUGACUCACAGAUGAAUAGAGCUUGACAGUAUUCAUGAAUUUGCAGACUUAUAUAAAUGUUGCUCUGUACUGUUCAUGUAAUGUACAUAAUUUGCAAUAUACAUGGCUCAUUUCAUAGUUUAAUCAUAUUCUUGUAUGUAUUUCACUAGCCAUAUCAUUAGCUCUUAUACUCAUUCAUAUUGAUGUAAAACUUUUAUGUUUCCUUAGUUUUAUUUAUUUUGUACUUAAACUUUGUAUAUUCUGAAUCUUAUGCUUUUUGUAAUUUUAAUUUAGAGAGAGGGCCACAAGUUUACUAGUUUCUGUAACUAUUCCAUGCUACCCUCUUUAAAUAAAUUGUAUUAUUAUUAUUAUUAUUAUUAUUAUUAUUAAUGGCUAUACACUACCAUAAGUUUAUUUUCCUUUCCUGUAAGUGAUCUUUCAGUUCGAAAUGGAGGUGAAAACAAAAAAUUCUGUUAAAACCACAAUAAGAUUGUUUUAUUCCAUACAGUACUGAAAUCAACUUACAACUUAAUCUACCUGCAGCAGUUUGUCCAGGUUUUUUGGUAGUGGCAGUGACUAACAGUAAUAUUGAAUUACAGGUAUUACAUGUUUCCACUCUGUUUUUGUUUACAGGUUGACUUUUCUUCUAUUAUUGAUUACGCCAAACAAAUAAUCAAAGACAACAACUUUGAAGGAGGUAAACAUUACUGUUUAGACUUUUUCCACACAGUGAGGUUAUUUUCGCCAUAAUAUGUUGUAAAAUUUUUGCAAUUUUUUUUUUACAUCUUUCUCACAUCCUAUGUGUAUCAGAUGUCCUGUUUCUUAUGCAUAUCAGAAUCGUUUGAGAUGUUUACACUGUAGUUAAAGUUCAAAGUUGUUUUGUUCAUCUCUUCAACCAAUAACUCAAUCCAAGGAAACAAAAUCAGACAAAAAGUAAUGCCAAAUGCUCUAUGAGUGAAUUAAAGGACACAUAAAAAUCCCAGCAACUGUGGGCUGCUAAGAAAAAAAGGCCUGAGUGCCUUGCCUCUUAAUUAAAUGCAUAUUAACUUCUGUGAUGUCCGAAAGAAACCCUUACUGAAUUUGUGGAUAAAUGUUUUCAAAUUAACUUAUUUGUAUUAUUUUAUUUGUACUUGUAGUCAUCACCCUUAUUAAAGGCAAAAUUGAAGAAAUUGAAUUGCCUGUUGAGAAGGUUGAUAUCAUUAUUAGUGAAUGGAUGGGAUACUGUCUGUUGUACGAGUCCAUGUUGGACACUGUGCUAUUUGCCAGGGACAAAUGGCUGGUGAGUAGCCAUCUACAGCCUGUAAUUACCAUACUUAGACAACUGCAUCUAUCUCAGGCAAUGACCUCCUUAUUAAAUCCAAAAUAGUUGUAGAUUAUGGAGUACAAAGUAAUAAUAAUAAUAAUAAUAAUAACAAUAACAAUAAUAAUGGUGAUGAUGAUGAGAUGAUGAUAAUUGCAGGCAACAAGAGGAGCCCACAGUCCUAGGUGUAAUCUCCCGGUUGCUAUUAUGCAUGCACAGCACAUAUAGUCAGCUUUGUUAGUCUCGCUUGUGCAAGCAGCGAGACUCAUAAUCUGCAAGCGGUUUUAUUUUCUUCAUAUUUAGUGCCCAAAACAAUAGUUGUGGUCCCAGGCAUUCCUAGUGGCGAUUGUGGAAACUGGGAAUAAGCAUUGUGUGACUGAAGCCAUGCAUCUUUUGCGACGAAUGCUUAGGAGAGGUUAAAUUUAGAGCUUUUCCGGAAUGGGUCAGUCCACGAAUUCUAUUGGCUUGAAAGUGUUAAUUACUUUGGAAUAAGUGAACACUUGAGUGGUCAAAAAAAAAAAAAGAAGAAUCUUAAUUAGCAAACCUUUGACCAUGAGUGAUGUAAACUUUCAUUGUAUGCAAAUGAGUCUUGUGAUGAGCAUGCAGUUUAUUUUCAGCAAUGAUCGAAAUGACGCGCCAUGUUCUCAUCACAUUUCUCUCAAAUCAAGGAAUUUUCAUGCAAUUAUACAGGCAAUUGUAGGCUGUGACUGCAGACAUAUUUCCGGUUGUCGCUAACACGUACUGAAUCAAUUCAGAAACAAAUCAUCGAAUAUGCUGGUAUAAAAAGCACCAUUGAUAAAUUAAAGUAGGAAGUGAAAAACCUUUAGCGAGUAAAUCGUGUUUCGUGUAGAAGUAAUCACCUCAUUUCUUUAUCUUAUAUAGUCUCCAAGCAAGCAAUUUGCUGAUUUUAAGAGCGUUCUUGUUUGUAAUCCACAAUCUGCUCAUGCGCAUUUGGAUCUUCCAUUACUUGUAUUUUUGACCAUCUACAUGUGAACUUUGAUACAAAGUAUUUUGUCUCUUGCCCUCCUUAACCUUUGGUUGUUACUAGUAAUAGUAAUAAUAAUAAUGGUAGUGAUAAUAAUACACAUAUAAAAAUGUACAAUGUACAUGUAGCUCCUUUUUUAGUCCUUAUGCCAUGCAAAGCAUUUAUACAAAUUUAAAUUUACUACACCCCAAGUUCCAGACAAUUCAUCGAUUACUUGGUGACAAUUUUCCUUGACCACAAGGUUAACUGUUGAAACUGCCAUGAAUGAAUCUUUUUUCUGAUGAUGAAGUUGAGUUUAGUAAAGAAUGGCUGCAUUCCUGUAAAUUAAAGUACUGUGAGGAGAAUACUUUUUCCUUUCAAUGCUUUUACUUUUACUUUAUUAAUCUGCAAAGGCGGUAACCAUCGCGCGGAUAUAAAAUAAUAAUUCCAUACCAUAAGAAGAAAAAAAAAAAACAUACAUACAUUGCAUACCUAAAGAAUGACUGUUAAACACAGAAAUGGAGUUAAAGCGAUUAACAAUAUAUAUAUAUAAAGUCAAUAAAAACGGUCAAGCUCAUCUUUGAAUAAAGUCAAUAAAAACGGUCAAGCUCAUCUUUGAAUUUAGCAAUGUUUGGCUGGUCCAAUGUGGCAGCAGGGAGAGUAUUCCAUAUAUUGACAGUGGAGGGGAAAAAUGUUCCCAUGUAGUAGUUGGUAUUGCAAGUCAGCGGUCGGUACUUCUUUGGGUGGAAAUUUCUAGUGUUCAUAUAAAUGGCAUUAAAUGCUAAUGGCCCAACGAAAGUUACAGGUAUGUCACUGUACCUGAUUGUAGCUCACAUGUUACCAUCUUCACUUAAUUGCAGAAACCAGGUGGGCUAUUGUUCCCAGACAAAGCACAACUGUUUGUCUGUGCCAUUGAAGACAGGCAGUACAAAGAAGAUAAAAUCUAUUGUAGGUUGUUGUUUUUGUUUAUUUCCUCUCUUCUGGUUGAUUUAGCUGUUUAUAACCAUUUUUAGCUUAAAUCCUGUACAGUUCUUUGGUUCUGUUGCUUUUGUUUGCCUUUUCUCAUCCGCAUUUGUUUCCCUCUGUGCCUGUUAUGCUUGCUAUUUUUUUUUUUUUUUAUCAAAAACCUGAGUCAUGUUCUAAUGUAAGCUUUGAAGUUGUACUUUCCUGUCAUACUUUUUAUUACUGAUGUGCAUUAUUAAUUUAUUUUUUGUCCACUGGGUGCUUUUACACAGUCAGUAAUUUUAUUAGGCUUCCACUGUAAGUUGCAGAUGAGGUUCUACAGGAGGCACGGGGCUACUCAUCAUGCAGUGUUGUCCUGCAUGUUGUGAUUCUGGCCAGAGUGAUUACAGCUAGUGCAAACAUAAAAAUUGUGCAUGUACAUAUAUAGUAGUUUUAAGCAAGAUUUCUUAAAAUGAAUGACCUUUUUGCAGGGUGGGACAAUGUAUAUGGCUUUGACAUGAGUUGCAUCAGAAACGUGGCCUUAACUGAACCGUUAGUUGAUGUAGUGGAGGCAAAACAAGUGGUCACUAACUCAUGUGUAGUGAAGGUAAGGCUAAUGCACGUAGUAGGUGAUACCCACAUGUUCAAGUACAUGUAAGGGGCUACUAUACAUGUACAGUGUAGGUACAGUAUGUGUAUGGUGUUUUUUGAUGUUGUUGCAAAUAGGUUAACUUUUUCUUGCAACACUCGAAAGAGCAUUACGAAACAUUCAUUGUACUUAUAGGAUAUGCAUACAAAGAUGUAUAACAAAAAUAAGGUCCAGUGAAGCAUAAUAGUAUUAUUUUGUUAACUACAGCUGUAUAUGUACCUUCAGGGUUUUGGAUAUAUACAACUGUACCUGUAGUCUUUAUUUGUGAUGUAGACUUCAGUACUUUGCUACAUAGCCACUAUAAGUACAUUGUAUUACCAAGCUUGAAUACUUAAUUUUUGUUAUUGAAAAGGAAUUUUUUUCUGCAACAGGAAAUUGACCUGCAUACAGUGAAGAAGGAAGACCUAUCAUUCAGUUCCCCUUUCCAGCUGUACUGUCGACGGAAUGACUACAUCCAUGCUCUUGUUGCUUUCUUUACCAUUGAGUUUACACACUGCCACAAAAGAACGGGAUUCUCUACUGGUAAAUCAUCUUCUGUAUACAAAAUGUCUGGGGCCAUUUUUCAUGCAUAAAGUUACACUUGACCUUCAUGUUAUAUAGCACGUUGAUAACUAAAAUUGAAGCGUGACUUCUUGCAUCGAGAAAAAUGUAUUUUUUGAUGCAACAGGUUACACUUCAUUUUCAAGUUAUGCAGCACGCUGAUGGCCACAGUUUCCUCUUUUUGCCAAAUUUCUUUUGACUAGAAAAAAAAUAGAUUGAUAAAAAUUAAUGACAAGCAAAGACUAGAGUAUAAUGGACUCUACUUGUUUGAGAACUUAAUCAAACAGUAUUUUUGUAUCCCACCUUCAGAAUUAUUGUUUUUCUUAGGGACAUCAUGGACUUAUGAAGUGCUUACAUGGUGUUUCAGUUUCUAUGGAAACACAAAAAUAGUUGUUUAGUGCAGCCACACCCUGUGCAUGACUUCAAGAGUUCAAUAUUAAUGUUAGUGUUUUAUUAUAGCUCCUGACUGCCACUAUACCCACUGGAAGCAAACUGUAUUCUAUCUUCACGACUACCUGACUGUCAAAUAUGGGGAAGAAUUAAUAGGAGAAUUCAAAAUGAAACCUAACCCAAGAAAUAAUGUAAGUACAUGAAUAUACAUCUUUGUCACUGCUGCAGGUCCUGUUUUUAAUGCACUUCCAUAUGUCAGUGUAUUCCAAUUAAGACAAAAUUAUUUCUUUAUUAUUUUCUCAUGAACUAAGGAGUUGUCUAAUUUCAAACCCAGGAGGGCUGGGUACAAUUCUGUUUAUUAUGGGAUAAACAAAAUGAGACCCUCGGCUUGAAACUAGGCAGUAAUGUUAUAUUGUCAGGGUUCGCACGCACCUUGAAAGUUCUUGAAUUUUCAAAUAAAAAUUCAAGGCCUUGAAAGUCCGUGAAAAUUGCAGUCAGCACUGGAAAGUCCUUGAAUUUCAAUGCUAAGUUUAUACAUGUAUUUAAAAGAAAAAGGAGCAAACACAGAAAGACCUUCGGGAUAAAAUUACUGAAUGUUGUGAAUGAACUAAAAAAGACAUAGACUAAAGGCUCUAUUUUGUACUGAAUGGAGUCCUUGAAAAAUCGGAAAUGUGUCCUUGAAGGUCUUUGAAAAGUCCUUGAAUUUUUUGUUCAAAAAAGGGGAGCAAACCCUGUAUUGUUAUUGAGAUACUUUUCUUGAAAUCUGAUUUCAGCGUGAUCUGGAUUUUAACAUCAGUGUGGACUUCAGUGGUGAGCUCUGUAACUAUCAAUCUACAGCUAACUACAGAAUGCGAUAGUCGGGUUUAGAAAUUAAUUGUACUUGUAGAUGUACAGUAACAAGAGGCUAGCUAAUGAUAAGAGGGUGCUGCAGGCUGGCAUCAAUUUGCGGUUACACAACUGUAGACUAGAAGAGUUAUAAGAUUUAAGUCAGUGAGAUGAGUAAUAAGUAAGGUAAGGGGAAGACAGAAUGUACUCCCUCCUUGGGAAGUCCUUCUCUUCUGCUCCUUUGCCAACAGCAUCAACUUCACUCCUUGUUUUCCAAAAAACAUUACAUUCAACCCUUUGGACCAUGUCCAGUCAUGUCCUACAAAGAAGCAAAGGUUGUGACAGCGUGAUAGGGAAAAACCGUAACUUAAAGCUAAUUUAAUUCGAACAAACAUGCCAUCAUACUGAGCUAAAUCAUUAUGUUACUUUAUACUGCCAAAAAAUAUCACCCACUGUGAAAAUUACUAAGAUAGUUGAACACGAUAUUGAGCACUAAUUUGCAGACGCGCUAUACAGAAGGUUUAAAGCGCCUGCGACGCUGGCAAGCCUACGAACAUGCUGAAACAGUUCUGAUAGAAAUUAAUAUUAGCUUGUCCUAAAAGGGUUUGUUAUGAUUUCCUCUUGGAGUAAAAAGGUAAAAUCUCCUCGCACAGUGGAACAAUUAACACUAAAACAAACUAAGUCAUGUAUGUUUCAGUUAGAGAGAAGCCUCUUUUCUUUUGCUUCGUAAUAUUAUGUUUAUUCUUGAAGAGGUGGUUGAAACAGAUUCAAAGGAAACAAAAUUCUACCACUACAAAUAAAAUGUAGCCCUGAAUUUAACCUAUACGUAUUGAAGUCUGUGAAGUGGACUGUUCGAGGCUCGAUCAAAACAUUUCGUUAGGUUGUCAGGGCUACAUUUUCUUUUUGGUGCUUCUUUGUAGUUGAAUUCUGAAAGCUAUACUUGUUGAAUUUAGCACACCGUAGUAAAAGGGGAAAUAUAUUUAAGAAAUGAGACUCUAUUCUCCAAAUAACAUCCUUAAACAUAAGGUGCUGUAUAUUUCAUGUAUCAUAUUGGCAGUACAGUAUUUCUUCGCGUCUUACAUGUGCACACCAUUUAGGUAUACCCUGCCUUGAUAAGGAACAAUUACUACCCAAGAUAUGUAUAACACGUCAAACCAUCUCAAAAGUUUAUUUUUCCCUUUAUACGUAAGGUAAGGCUAUGCCCUGUUUGAGACAGGGGGAUACAUGUAUGCCGUCGCCAUUUUUGUGCUG